AUGGCCACUCGUCCCGCUGAUAAAGCUGGUACAUGGUAUGAUGACGAUGCUAAGAAGUUGGAGGCGCAACUCAAAGGCUUCCUGGCCGCAGUUCCAGAGAGUGUUGAUGGAGUUUCGUUGCCUGUCACUGGUGCAAGGAUCGUAAUUGCUCCCCAUGCAGGAUACUCGUACUCAGGCCGAUGCGCAGCAUGGGCAUACAAGAGUCUCGACCUCAGCAAAGCGAAGCGUGUGUUUGUCUUGGGACCAUCUCAUACCUACUACCUUGAAGGAUGCGCAGCAGCGACCUUUGGUAAAUACGCCACUCCCUUCGGCGACCUGACUGUCGAUACGGAGACGGUUCGAGAUAUCAAGGAAGCCGGCUAUAUGGAGGAUAUGCCCCGUACCAGUGAGGUUGACGAACACUCUUUGGAGAUGCAUAUGCCCUACCUUUACCUCCGCUGCGAGCAGACGUUUGGCUCGCCAGACAAGUUUCCCACGAUUGUGCCGUUACUCAUUGGAAGUAACAAUGGGUCUGAAGAGAAGGCCUACGCUAAGGUCCUGCUGCCUUACUUCAAAGACCCAGACAACGCCUUCAUCAUCAGCUCAGACUUCUGCCAUUGGGGCAGAAACUUCAGCUACCAGGUGUACUCGCCAUCCAAUAGCCCCUCUGACCUGAUCAGGCUACGCUCUUCCGAUGCAGCACCCAUUGAUCCUCCAAUUCAUGAGACAAUCCGCAUAAUCGACGAGGCUGCCAUGGACGCCGUCAAGAGCGGUAGCCAUGACUCCUUCCUCGCCAGUCUUCGCCAGACAAAGAAUACGGUCUGCGGUCGACAUCCUAUUGGAGUUACUCUGGCGGCUUUGGAGCUUUUGAAGAAGGAACCUGGGUUCGAAGAUAAAUGCCGUUUUAGCAUCAUGCAGUACAACCGCAGCAACAUGGUUGAGCUUCCCAAUGAGAUGAGCGUCAGUUACGUGUCAGCAUACGGUAGACAGAAUCCCUACGACUCCCCUGAUCAGGGCUACGGUGGUCAAGGCGGCUACUCCGACAACACUGGUUACGGCAACGGUGGUGGCUACAACAGCCCUCCCGCUGCACAGGGCUAUGGAGGCAGCGUCGAGAUGGCCCCUCUUGCUCACAACGCCAGCGGUUUUGGCCAAGACCCCAACGCUAUUCUUAACGAGUGUCGCGACAUUGACCGCGGAAUCGACACGGUUGAGCAGAACCUCGAGCAGCUCCGUAUGAUCCAACAGCGAACUCUCGAUGACGCCGACAGCUCAGGCUCCAGCGCUGCUAGCCGUCAGCUUGACUCACUUUCCGCUGACACCAUGUCGCUCUACCGUGAGCUCACCGAGCGAGUCCGCACCGUCAAGUCAUCUCCUGAGGCUUCAUCCGCCAAGAACAACCCUCAUGUUACCCGUAUUGACCGCCGCCUCAAGGCCGCCAUUACUCAAUAUCAGCAGGUUGAGUCGCAGUUCCGAAAGCGAACUCAGGACCAGAUGGCUCGCCAGUACCGUAUUGUGCGCCCCGACGCUUCUGAGCAGGAGAUUCAGGCUGCUGUUGAGGACACCACUGGUGGUCAGGUCUUCAGCCAGGCCAUGAUGCAGAGCGACCGCCAGGGUCGUGCUCGUGCUGCCCUGAGCGCUGUUCAGGACCGUCACCAAGCUCUUGUCAAGAUUGAGCAGCAGAUGGUCGAGCUGUCCCAGCUGUUCCAGGACAUGGACACACUCGUUGUUCAGCAGGAGGCCGCUGUUACUCAAAUUGAGCAGAAGGGCGAGGAAGUCGUCGAGAACCUUGACAAGGGUAACGAGGAGAUUGGAGUUGCUGUCAACACUGCCCGCAAGACACGCAAGAAGAAGUGGAUUUGCCUGGGUAUCUGUGUUGCUAUCAUUGUUGUUAUCGUUAUUAUUGUCCUCAUCUACAUCUUUGUUAUCAAGGGACAGAACAACUCCGACAACAAGAGACGAAGCAUCGAGGCGGUCGCUGGCAGCCUGCCCAUCAUGCACACUGCCGUCCUACCCGCUCGUCUAGCCCGCCGUGUUGCUGCCGACAACUCUGCAUCCGCUCUCCUCAACAGCCUUGGCGGAGGUCGAUUCCAUCUCCCUCAACUACCGCAAAACUAA